AUGCUUCCACUCGGCCUUCUCACCGCCGCGACCGGCCACCCGAUGCUCGUCGAGCUCAAGAGCGGCGAGACGCUCAACGGCCUGCUGGUCAACUGCGACACAUGGAUGAACCUCACAUUGCGAGAAGUCGUGCAGACGAGCGCAGACGGCGACAAGUUCAUGAGGCUGCCUGAGAUCUACGUCCGCGGCAGCACGAUCAAGUACCUGCGCGUACCCGACGAGAUCAUCGAGCUCGUCAAGGACCAGCAGGUCAAGGACCAGGCCCAAAGAGGCGCACGCGGCGGCAUGCACUCGCGAGGCGACCAUCGCGGAGACCGGGGAGGCAGGGGCACGCGUGGACGUGGGCGAGGACGUGGAAGGGGAGGCGGUGGUCCCAACAACGCUUGA